CUCCAUCCUUGUCCCCUCGUUUUCGCGUCCGAUUGACGCGUCGCUGGGCGAUGGCUUCCAAUCGAGAAGAGCGCCUGCAGAUGCGGCAGCGCGGAGCAGGGACGCGCAAGAUUAAGGAGGUUGAUUUCGGCUUUUCGUUAGGCUUCGGGGCGCCCGCCGAAGAAUCAUCUCAGUCCGUAGCCCAGCCCGCCAACAGUAUACUCGAUUCAGCACCAGUGUCCCAAGCCCCCUUACUUAAAGCUCCUCCUCCUCCAGAGUCUACGACGAUCGAACCACCGCAGACACAAUCAACAUCAUCUCCCCCUCGAACAAAUCCCUCAUCCCAGAAUCAGCCUGUGCGGCGAACACCGGGGAGCGCCCGCAACAAGCUUCCUCCACGUCCAUCCACCUUCGAUAUACCGGCAGAAGAAGAGCCGGAGCUGGAGCGGACUAGCAAACGAAGAAAAAUAGAUCCCCCGACAUUCACUUCUCCACCACCGAUUGGCGCGCAACCUGAAACUCGGGAACCGAAUACUGCACAAAAUGGUACCGUCGAACAGACAUUACAUCCAGCCCAAGAUGACAGCAUAGCGAUACCUAUUCGGACGAGUCCUAGGAACCAACCACGGGUGCCAGAUCAAGGGCCUCCCCCAGAGGUUCCUUCAAUACCUACCAACGAAACGGACGAACCUGUCCCUAACGCCCCAGACGGCGCGCUUGGAAGUCUAGAAACGGAACAUGCUGCGCAGCCGGUGCCAGAGCCAACGCGCAAGUCACCGCGCGUAAACGGCACUGCUUCACCACCCUCGGAUACAACGAAGAACAGGGGCAAGGGCCGUGGGAAAAGAGGCCGGCCAUCACUAUCGCGAAGUCCAACUUCGAAUCCGGAGUCAGCAGACGCUCAAUCCAAAGAGCACCCACUGCCAGAGCCUCCGGUGCCUGUUGAAACACCGCAAGAGCAAAAUUCCCCAGAAACCGAGCUUCCUAAACCCCGGGAGAAGCGAACACGCAGUCGCACACCGGCAUCAACUCAACCACCCGAGCCACCAGCUGUGGUCGAUAAAGCAGCCGCCGAGGAUGCUAGUUCAGAGGCUGUGCCGAGCGACGCGACAGGCAAGGGUGUCCGCGGACGAAAGAAGAAGAACGUAGAAUCUACGGAACAUACCACCACUACUAGCCAGGACUCUAAUGAAUCAACUGUGAAGCAAGCGAAACGAAACGCCGAAUCCAAUAACGAACCAGCCCGUGAACCCUCAGGCUCGACUGAAGACCAAGUGAAUGGACUAGACAAAGGCAAGAAACGCGCCGGACGGCCGAAGAAACAAGUCGACCAAUCUUUGGAGCCUGUUAAGGAAUCUGGCGUCAGUGGUAGGAAACGCCAGCGCGAAGAACGUGCCCAACAAGCGCAAGCAAGCCCAGAGCAGGAACAGCCCGAGGCCGAUACAACCCAUGCCGGUAAAAGAGGAAGGCCGCGUAAAGAGCGUGAGCCUGAGCCAGUCGAGCCAGAACCAGAACCAGAAAUCGAACAAGCCCGUGCAGGAAAGAGGAGGAAGCGGGGCGAAGAACGAGAACGUGAACCGACCCCUCGGGAUGACCUGCCAGAGCCUGAAACAGAACCACAGGUAUCUCGUGCUAGUAGAAAGCAGCGUGACGAACGGGAGCUGGAUGCAAGGGCACAGGCAAGUCGCGCUCGUAAAGGGAAACAACGCGCGGUACAAAAACCGACGCCAGAGCCAGAACCAGAAGUCGAACCAGAAUCUCAGCGCCCAGCGGUACGGCGUUCAACAACACAAGCCGAGGAGCCUGCGGAAGGAGAAACACCACAAGAGCGACCCCCAGCCACGAAGCGGAAGCCACGACAACCCCGAGGGGAAACCGUACCGAUCACUGUCCAUCGGCUUGCAAACGCUGCAUCUCUCGGCGGCGAGCCUCCUGGAUCUAGUGAAGACGAGGCUGACUCGUCGGAUGAGAUAGCAACCAGCCAAACCAGCAAACUACCCAGCCGCGGCGGCGUCAACGCGGCGGAUGUACUAGCCCAGAUCUGCCGCGAGACAUUAGAGAAGACGUUGGCAACACUGAAGAACGGAAUCGCAAAUGAGACUAACACAGCAAGACGUGCAGAGUUCACUCUCCGCCGGAAAGCCGUGGAGGCAUUUAGCACAGAGCUCGAAGGACGGUUGUUCGACCUGAGCGAGAUGUUGGACAGCAACUUCAUGCUUGGCACCAAGGUCAAAAGGGCCAAGCGCAAAAUGAUGGAUCUACGCAGCCGACUCGACCACGUCCGGCGGGAGCGCGAGGCCGUUGCGUUACGAAUGGAUGCAGUGCGAUCGGAGCACGCAAGAGAAGAGCAGGCCGGACUGGCCCGCUCUACGAUCAACCACUCCCUGCACAACCUCGAGCUCGCACUGGAGCGCGGCCAAAAUCGCCCAGCGACAGAAGACGAACGACUCACAGCCGGACUGGAGUUCCGCCUUCGCAAUAUGGCACAGACCGUAAGCUCAAUAGCACAGGGUGCUCAAGGCGGCCUUCUGAAUCAGAUACGAAGGUUCAAUGCGCAGCUCGAAACCACUGCGCGUCGGUUGGAAGGUUGAGCCCCUGCUGUCAAGAGAAUUAUCUUGUUGUUACUACAGUGUAUAUAGAUCUGGACAGAUGUUAACUUGAUGCAUGACGGCCGACACUACUAUUCACUAUUCAGCUAUUCAGCUAUUCCAUUGUAGCAGUGAUGAUUAAUGAGGCCAUGUUAAAGCAGCGAUGUGCUAGUCUCGAUGGACUCUUUUUCUGCCUUAAGGCCGCCACAUUCCUCCCCGGAGACUUUUUCUCUCAGUUUUCACUCAAUUCAUCCGAGGCCGAGGCUCGCCCGUACUCCGUCCUUGGAGUCGGACACCGCCUUAACGCCGGUCCAAUGGGGGCGCACCCUAGUCCGCAUAGUCAAGACUUGAUGCAGUGGAG